AGGACUCAUUGUAGGGAGGGAUGAGACUGUGUGCAGCCACGGUGUGUGUGGUGUGAGUGAGUGUGUGUGUGUGUGUGUGUGGAGCCCCCUCCUCCUUAACUAGCUGGUCAGCAGCGGAGGGAUUAGUGAAGCCAGCUCCACUCACUACUAACAGACGGGGAGACGGGGGGGAUUGCAAUAAGCGUGAAUCAUGCUUGUCGUCAUUACUACCGGCUGGGAGUGGAGCCGAAAUUGUGCAAGAUACGGAUAACAUCGAAGAAAGGUCCGUGUGGAUCGAGUCAAGUUCCCAGGUCUCCUCAUUCCGCCGUGAAAUGCCUCACCAGGGGCUCUGCUGCUGCUGCCGCCGCUGCUGCUGCUCCUCGGACCCGUCGCAUUCUGCUGCCUCCCUCACAUGUGCUUUAUGUUGAACAAGUGACCUAGGAUAUAAACCUGUAAGGAGUUUGAGGGGGCGACAAAACCAAAGGACGUGCGGAUAUUUUUUUUCUUUCUUUUUCACCGUGCCGAGAUUUUCUCAAGUGAAAGAGAGAGGGAGAAAAGUUGUAGGCUACUUGUUGGUCAAACAUGGGGAACGCAGGGAGCAUGGACCAGCACACUGAUUUCAGAGGACACAACAUGCCUCUGAAACUACCCAUGCCCGAGCCAGGUGAACUGGAGGAAAGAUUUGCAACCGUUUUGAGCUCGAUGAAUCUUCCUCCAGACAAAGCACGACUGUUGCGACAGUAUGACAACGAGAAGAAGUGGGAACUCAUCUGCGACCAGGAGCGAUUCCAAGUGAAAAACCCACCUCACACGUACCUCCAAAAACUGAGGAGCUAUCUAGACCCAGCAGUCACAAGGAAGAAAUUCAGACGGAGAGUUCAGGAGUCCACCCAAGUCUUGAGAGAACUGGAAAUUUCGUUACGGACCAAUCAUAUAGGGUGGGUGCGAGAAUUCUUAAAUGAAGAUAACAAAGGUCUGGACGUGCUGGUGGAGUAUCUUUCUUUUGCACAGUAUGCCGUCACGUUUGAUGGAGACAGUGUGGAGAACAACCCUGAGGCUGCUAUGGAUAAGUCUAAGCCCUGGAGCCGCUCUAUAGAAGACCUGCAUGGAGGAAGCACCCUGCCGUCAUCCGUCACUGGGAACGGCAUCACACGAGCUGGGCGACAUUCCACGAUACGCUCCAACACUCUGCCGAGCCGGAGAACUCUGAAAAACUCCAGACUGGUCUGCAAGAAAGAUGAUGUCCACGUCUGCAUCAUGUGCCUGCGUGCCAUCAUGAAUUACCAGUAUGGCUUCAACAUGGUCAUGUCCCACCCACAUGCUGUGAAUGAAAUUGCACUAAGUCUCAACAAUAAAAACCCAAGAACUAAAGCUCUGGUCUUGGAGCUCCUGGCGGCAGUUUGUCUCGUGAGAGGAGGCCACGAAAUUAUUCUCUCUGCGUUCGACAACUUUAAGGAGGUGUGUAUAGAGACGCAGCGGUUUGAGAGGCUAAUGGAGUAUUUCAAAAACGAGGACAACAACAUUGACUUCAUGGUGGCCUGCAUGCAGUUCAUCAACAUAGUGGUGCACUCAGUGGAGGACAUGAACUUUAGAGUUCACCUACAGUAUGACUUCACCAAGCUGUGUCUGGACGACUACUUAGACAAACUAAAGCAUACAGAGAGCGAUAAGCUGCAGGUUCAGAUCCAGGCCUACCUGGAUAACGUGUUUGAUGUGGGAGCCCUUCUGGAGGAUGCGGAGACCAAGAACGCCGCCCUGGAGCGUGUGGAGGAGCUGGAGGAGAACAUGUCACAUAUCACAGAGAAGCUGCUGGACACGGAGAACGAGGCCAUGUCCAAGAUCGUUGAGCUGGAGAAGCAGCUGAUGCAAAGGAACAAGGAUCUUGAAUCGAUCAGGGAAGUCUACAGAGACACCAGCUCGCAGGUACACACACUGCGGCAGAUGUUGAAGGAGAAGGACGAGGCCAUCCAGCGACAGAGUAACCUGGAGAAGAAGAUCCACGAACUGGAAAAACAAGGCACCAUCAAGAUCUACAAGAAGGGAGACGGAGACAUCUCCAUCCUGCCCUCCCCACUCUCCAGCGUGGAGGGCUUGCCGGGUGCCGUGAUGGGAGGAAACUGUGCAGCUGUCAGUCCAAAUCAUAUGGGAGUCGUAGUGGGCACUCCACCACCACCUCCGCCACCCCCUCCACUGCCAGUGAACGGCACAUUGUCAAACGGACCAUCAUCAGUCAUUCCUGCAGCAGCAGCUCCUCCACCUCCCCCUCCUCCUCCCCCACCGCCGCCUCCUCCACCGGGCCCAGCCUCACAGAUCUCAGCACCUCUGCCUCCUCCGCCUCCUCCUGUAGCGCCCCCACUGCCCGGCUGUGGGACACCCACUGUCAUCAUGAACUCUGGGUUAGCAGAGGGACCCAUCAAACUUUUCUCUGUUAAGAUCAAGAAACCCAUCAAGACAAAGUUCCGUAUGCCCGUCUUCAACUGGGUCGCCCUGAAGCCGAACCAGAUCAACGGGACUGUCUUCAAUGAGAUUGAUGACGAGAGGAUACUCGAGGACCUGAAUGUGGACGAGUUCGAGGAGAUGUUUAAGACGAAAGCCCAGGGCCCGGCUAUCGACCUCACCACGAGCAAGCAGAAGGUCAUCCAGAAGGGGCCCAACAAGGUGACGCUGUUGGACUCCAACAGAGCAAAGAACCUGGCCAUCACACUGAGGAAAGUGGGCAAGUCUCCCGAGGAGAUCUGCAAGGCCAUUCAGAUCUUUGACCUGCGAACUCUGCCGGUGGACUUCGUUGAGUGUCUGAUGCGCUUCCAGCCCACAGAGAACGAGAUUAAAGUCAUGCGGCAGUUUGAGAAGGAGCGCAAACCGCUGGAGAGCCUGACGGGCGAGGACCGCUUCAUGAUGCAGUUUAGUAAAAUCGAGCGGCUCAUGCAGAAGAUGACCAUCAUGGCCUUCAUCAGCAACUUCUGUGAGAGCGUGCAGAUGCUCACGCCGCAAAUUCAUGCAGUAAUCGCAGCGUCUGUGUCCAUCAAAUCAUCCCAGAAGCUAAAGAAAAUUCUAGAGAUUAUCUUGGCACUUGGAAACUACAUGAACAGCAGCAAAAGAGGAGCGGUGUACGGAUUCAAGCUGCAAAGUUUAGACUUGCUACUUGAUACCAAAUCGACGGACCGUAAGCUAACGCUGUUGCACUACAUCGCCAAUGUGGUAAAGGAGAAAUACUCACAAGUUUCUCUCUUCUACAAUGAGCUGCACUACGUGGAGAAAGCUGCAGCGGUGUCGUUGGAGAACGUCCUGCUGGAUGUUAAGGAGCUGCAGAGAGGCAUGGAGCUGACCAAAAGAGAGUACAGCAUGCACGGACACAACACCAUGCUCAAAGACUUCAUCACACACAAUGAGAGCAAGCUGAAGAAGCUGCAGGAUGAUGCCAAGAUUGCACAGGAUGCCUUUGACGAGGCGGUGAAAUUCUUCGGGGAGAACUCCAAAACAACGCCACCCUCCGUCUUCUUCCCUGUGUUUGUGCGAUUUGUUAAGGCUUACAGGCAAGCGGAAGAGGACAACGAGCAGAAAAAGAGACAGGAGCAGAUUUUGAUGGAGAAACUUCUAGAACAGCAGGCCAUGAUGGUGGAUGACCAGAAGUCUCCAUCUCAUAAGAACAAGCGGCAGCAGCAAGAGCUGAUCCAGGAGCUCAGGAAGAAACAGGUGAAAGACAGCCGCCAUGUCUACGAAGGGAAAGAUGGAGCGAUAGAGGACAUCAUCACGGAUUUGAGGAAUCAGCCAUACAGGCGAGCUGACGCUGUGCGGAGGAGUGUCAGGAGACGCUUUGAUGAUCAGAACCUGCGGCCGCUGAACAACGGCGAAGUGGUCGUGUGACGAGGGAGCAGUGCAUGUGCUGUGGGGCGGGGGGGGGUCUGAAGAAGGGGAGAGAGAAGAGGUUCAAUGCAGAGUGAAGGAUGAUAAGUGAAAGAUAACGAGUGUAGCAACCAUAGAGAUGAGUGUGUGUAUAUAUAUUACAUAAGAAUACACGUUAUUACAUGUCUGGUGUAGUAGCAGCUGUUCACGAUGGACUGGGACAUGUAUGAGACUGAAUUUAAAGUGUCUGAAAGGUUGAUACAGAAACCUUAGACAAGCCAAGUGCCUGAACUUAUUUUUGUGAGCUUAUGUCACGCCGUCUCGUUUGUCUGAUGACUGUUUUUAAUAUUCCCCACUUCAAGCAAUACAACUUGACCUGGCUUUAAUUUUAAGAUGUGUAAAACUGGACUUGCGGUGGCCUUAAGAGCCACGUGAAGAGAUGCUUCCUUGGAAACAUAAUGUAGAAUGUAUGGGACGCGUUCCCUGUAGCGGUUACAAAUAUUACAACUUUUAGUGUUGAGUUUGACGCUCUGUAGUAUCGCGGUACAUUCCGGUGCUCCUAUCCAUUCCUUACUAUAAAAACGUGCUCAACCUGCACUAUUUGUUUUUACACCUCAUGAGGUUUUACAACUAAAAGGGCUGAUCAGGCAUAAAGAAGGUGAUCAGUAAGGUCAUUUUAUUUACUAAAGUAUGUAUAAGGGUGAUGAAGGAUGAACGAAAGACAAAACACCAGGCUAAUGUGAAUUGUAUCAGGCCUCUCUCCAUGCCGACUUCUUUCAGAAUUGGUUACUUCAGUGAAUGGCUCGAACCUGAAUUUGUAGCUCUAGAAGUACUCCACCUGUUCACAUAAAACUCUACCGUCCAUUUAAAAUGUUGCAUUUCUGUAGCAGCACAGCAGUUUGUCUGGUUUCUGGGAACAAAUUGGGAGUAAACGAGUAAAAGCAACAUAAAACACAUUUUAUACCAAACAUAGCAACUGCACGAAAGAUGCUGAACUUUACUGUCUAAUUGUCAAAACUGGAUAUAACUUUGCAUUUCAUCAUCUCUGUAAACUGUUUCUUUUUUUUACAAAUUAAUUCUAUUCCAGGCUACUGUGUCUACUCACUUUAUUGUAAUUUUAAUGUAUAGUAUUUAACCACUGAAUGGAUUCUUUUAAGCUCAUGUUUUCAUCUAAUGUGUCCACGGUCAUUAAAAACAUGACAAAACAAAAAGUAAAUGUACAGAUAUUUUGCUACAAACCAUGUUUUCUUUUUUUACUUAAUCCACAUUACCAGAUGGUUAAUAUUGUACAUAUUGUUUAAACAAAAGUUCAUUGCUUUGUGCUAUACAACUUGAAUGUUAUUUUAACUUAUAGUUUUUUUUGUAUAUUUAAUUAAGCCAAAUGCAGCCAGACCCUAUAGUAGUGUUUAAUCAUGUCUCACGGUCAGGCAGGAGGCAGCAGAUGAUUCUGCUUGUUGUGUCACAGGUGCAUCAAAACCAGCUACAAAAACAUUCAAUGUUCUCAUUUUGUUUGCACAUUGGAACAGAUUAAAACUCUUAAUCUUACAAAUUGUUUGUAAUAAAACUUGCUUCUAUUAGUUGAUCUGGUUUUGUGGCGAAGUGAUACGCCCUCCUGUUAUCUCCACUGAAGCACGUGCUGCCGUUCAUCUCCUUUUUCUUUCUACUUCACCGUCUGUAAUAGUGACAUUUCUCUAACUGGAUAAUACUGGCAUGUUUUUUUUUUUACUUUCACCAGAAAUGUAUUUUAGGCAGUUUGUGCUUAUUACAAAAAUAACAAGCUUUUUAAAAACAAUUAGGUGAUAUGAGAUUUUCAACGAAUAUGAUCAAAUAAACUAUUUACAUUGAAU